UGUAGGGACAAUUUCUGAGGUAAAGGGCACGCCCUUUGACUUUACCAUACCUUCGCAACUGAGGGACAGAAUGAAAGAUGUUUUAGUUUCCAACUACGUUUUUGGUGAACAUGGGAAAAGGAAACACGUUGCAAAACUUGAACUUCCGGUCAAUGGUCGGACGGUAGACUGCUAUACAACAGAGCCCUGUAUGGAGACUUAUUUCUCCUGUGCGAUGAGGAAUAUGACUGGCAAAAAUGGCGCCUCCUAUGGUGCUUACGAAAAUGGCGGCAUCUGUCUAAUUCCUAUGCAAUAUUCCAGUGCUGUUAACAUGCCCAAUUUUCCAAACAUGGUACUCCGACCCGGAGAGACAUACACACAGACGACGUCAUACAAAUUUGGCUUUUAGCUUCACAAUUAACUCAGAAAAUACACAAACUUGUAUCUAAUCAUAGUCUGUAUAUUUAUAAAUAUCUUUAAGCUGUUCCGUUAUGUCCAUUAUGUGUAAAUGUCAUUUAACACAGCUUUUUAAAUACCAAAAGUCAGAAAGAAGAUUUGUGUUAUUUUUACUUCCUUUAAAAACUUUGUUUAUUGUAACCUAUAAAUUCUCCCAGGAUUAAUUGUUUUUAGCCUUUUGCCCGCGUAUUUUAACGCCAACUACUUAUUUCACGGGGAGGAAUUCUCUUCAAAGUUAAUCCUGGUAUUGAACUAAAACAUACGUGACUUGUUUAAAGUUUUUACAUAUACGGCUGUCUGUUUGCAGAACCACAGCUCUACUGGUUAAAUAAAUCCUGUGAACGGGUCUUAGAUUAAACCACGAACUUUAGAGACCCAGGUUGCAAUCUUUUUUGAACCAUUUUUAAGUGGUUGUCGUAAUUUGGAAACAUUUAGCUUAUGAAAAGAAUCUCCGCAGAAGUUCUUAAGGAAAAUGUAUCGGAAAUUGUCAAGUUUUAAGGGGAUCUUACUGUUCCUGACGAAAUUAUAGAAAUGCAGGUGGAACAUUCCUCUCAUAGUCUCUACCACAACCGAUCUUUUUCCAAUACACCUGUGCGUACCUUUAUAAAGACCCCGACAAAAUCAAGACAUGUUCGAUUCUACGAUGUCGGAACCAAAAGUACCCGCUCCAGUGCGACAUCUGUCAGACGGUAUCUAGACUACAGCCACAAAAGUUCUAUUCCUAGAACUAAUGGCUAUGUCUCUCCUGGAAAAUCUCCCACGCAAAGUAUUUUGGAUAAAAACGGUGAGAUGCGCCAUGUUGAAUCUUCCACCAGAAGUGAUAAUAACGUGAAACGUUCGUCAAUGAACAAAUCUGAGGCCAGUACGCCUCGUUACAAAUUUCACUCUGGUAGCCACACUCCCGACAGUUCACUCCUACUUGGAUCCAAGAAAGACGUAUCUAAAGCCAAGGCUCGGAAUGAUAAUUUUAGCUUUGCUGCAAAAUCAAGUAUUGACGCCGAUGAAGUGGAUGAUACGGACAGUUAUUCCAAAAGAUCGGUUUCGGUCAAAGACAAUUCUAAGACGGUUACGAGGCAAACGUAUGGGAAGUCUGAAUUUACAAUUUUACAGCAAGAUCAGAAAAAUGACAGAUCCCCUCGCACAAGUCCAAAAAACAAGCAGGAGGUUCGAGUUGGAUAUCAGAGAAAGGAGGAAGCAAAUAAAAGGAUUGCUGAAAUUGUAUCACCAGAAAGUCCCAAAAAAUCCGACACUGUAAAACUACCUCCAACCAAACAAAAUGGCCAUCUUGUUCACACGGACGAACACGAGCAGACGACAAAAGGCAAGAAGACAGAAGACCGUGAUGGGAGACAGCUAGCAGACCCAAAGAAGAAAAAGAAAACUGAGGAAGAGUCUAACAGACAAGCAAAAUCCGCCCCGUCCAAAAGAAAAGACGAGGACAAAGACCCCCCAAUAUCCCCCCAAGUCGAUAAUUAUACUCACAGAACCGAGUCCGACUCCCCUACUAACGGAAAGAAGAAAUCAACAAAGGACCAACACGAAAAAAACAGGAAGACACCUGCACCAGACACGAAAGAAAAUAAGACAAAGAAUGGAGCAGUUACAAACUACGCAAGAGGAAAUGAAAACGACAAAAAAGAACAUGAAAAUCCGAAUAAAGCAUCCAAAGGACCAUCGGAGAAAACCAGAAGUAUUCCGAACAACCAGCACACUAAUAAAACAAGAUCCGAAGAUGAAAGACACAAGGAGUCCCCCACAAACAACAGUCCCUCCCACGACAAAAGUAGACCCGUCACGAAGGGUACCACCAAACAAGACCGUUAUCACGUGUCUAACUUAGACGAUCAAUUCUUCUCGCCCGAGCCAAAUUCCGAGGAGGCUUUGUUGAGGGAAGAGAAACGAGAACAACAGAUAAUGAGACUGAGGCUUCCAAAAAAGAACAGAUACGGUCCUGUUAGGGCCAAAGGGCUUCAGACACCUAGAACCCCGAGGACUCCUCGCAGCCGAACCCCUCGGUCAAGGACGCCGAGGAAUCGGUACAACCGGAAACCGGGAUAUUCGCAUUCGGACACCGGAGAUUACCGAAGUCCUAGGAGGAAAAGUAUUCUUAAUAAUAAAGAAGCUGUUAUAUUGGAGAGGUCUCGACCCAAUUCGUAUAAAUGGGAAAAUAAACCCAUUUACAGACACGAAACAAAGGAUUGGGAGGAUCAACGUGACGAAUUGACGUGGAGACCGUCUGUGAAUAGUCCAACCGAUUGGUUGAGAGUGUACGUUGGUGACAUUCAAAUUCGCGAAAAAAGUGCUAAGUCUAGGAAAAACAGUCCCGAAACCACGGAACGAACUGUUCGUCCUGGAGCUCCACAAAGAAAUUCUAACGAAUAUAUCUUAACAAGGAGACAGGUGCCCGUGUACAAGAAUAUGCAGUCUGUUUAUAACAAUAAAAUGAAAAGAGAUAAAGAGUCGCGAGAGAAAAGAUUUUUCGAGAAACUCCAAGAAUGUCAGUCAUUGAAAGCAAGAAUGCAAAUUUCAGACCUUGUCGACCGCCAACGGAAACGCGAAGUCACGAAACAACGACAACAGGAACAAUUGAAGGAGCUUCGUCAACGUUUCGAAGAUGCUGCUUGGGUGAGAUUCAAUACUCAGUAUGUGACGUCACGUAUUCUUGAGCACGAGAAAAUGAAUCGUUAUGCUUACGGACUGCCAGAGGAAGUUGAUGGAGCGCCAGAGUUUGAGUCCAAACUCAAGAGAAAACCACCCAAAAUCAAAGUGGAUUUUGGAAAACUGGAUAAAGCGAAUAAGAAAAAGUACGGUUCAAUGUUCAGUAUUUAUAAGGGACCCGAAUGGGAUCCUGUUUCCAAAACUCCGCCUAUGGAAGGAAUUGACACUGUGGAUAUAGAUUACGAAACAGAAGGAGAACUUGACGACCACGAAGGAGCGGAACUUGGCGGUGGACACAAGAAAGUAAAAACAAGAAGAGUCAAGGACGUUAUUCGUGAGGCAGAAAAAGAAAUGGCGGAUCUAAAAGCCAAAGACUCUAAGACCGGGGUCACUCCUAGAAUUUCAGAAUCAGAGACCAACAACAACAAAACCUCAGGUGAACUAGACUUGGACAGCGAUGACGACGACGAUGAUAUGUCAGAUAUUUUCGAACGAGCGAGAAAGAAAUACAAUCUAGAAGUAGACGACGAAACCAUGUCUAGAAGCCGGAGGUGAAAACAGCAUCACGUGACGGCCCCUCACAUGGCAUCGUUGUUUUAAUUUGCAAUUAGUCCAAAAGUGCUCUCCUGACGUUUUUUGGUCCUCUCUUAUUUCGUUAACGAAAAGUUUGUCGUUACAGACUUUUUAGUGCUACUAUAGAGAAGAUUUAACAUUAAUUGUACAUUUUGCGCACUGCCCAUUGAUUUAUAUAUUUAUUAUCUGAAUAAUUGCUACCGGAAGUGGUCUACAUUAUCCUUGAGCACAGCUACUUUUUUAAAAAGUUGCUUAUCAUGUCAAUAAAUAUCUUCAUCAUUAUAAAAA